UGAACGUAUGAAAGUAUGUAGAAUAAAUAUAAUUGUAUAUACAUAUAUUUUUUCUUAUAUUAUUAUCAUAUAAUAUUUAAUGCGUAAGUAAUCGCUGAAGAUUCAAAUACGUGCUUUUUAAUUAUUUUCUGAAUGUGUAUAUGCACGUAGAAUCAUACCAUAAUCAUAAUUAUCUUAAUUAUUAAUCUCAACUUUUGAAAUUGCGCACGUUGUGCGUGCAAUUUUCUUAAAUAAAAUAUCAAUUCUCCGACUAUAAUAUGAAGCUGUCUUCAUCGAUCAAAAUGGAUAAGUGCAUUUUGCAGUUGAAAAAAUGAAGAAUAAAGUGUCGAGUGUCUCUUUAUUUUACGUGGUAUUAAAUACCAUAAUAUUCAUCGUUAUUAUCGGAAAAACUGAUGCAAUAACAGGAACAGUAGAAAACUCUUUGUCUACCUUGCAUCAUGGUUUACAAUCUAUUGUUUUAAAAUCUUUACAAAUCCCAUCAAGAUCAUACAAAAAAGAAAACAUUUUAACAGAGGAUUCAAGUUUUUAUAACAAGGAUAAUACAAAGAUUGAAAGUGAAACAAGAGAAAAAGAACUGAACGUUAAAGAUAACUCGAACAACUUGCCAGAAUCUUAUCUAGAAAAUAUUUUAUCGAAAUAUACUGAUGAAUUUUCUGAAACGCAAAUUGAUUGUUCCCAAUCAAAUUCAUCUCUUCUGGAAACGUUAGAAAAUUAUUCCUGCAAGACAGAGGCAUUAAAUUAUGGCCACCAGUAUAUAAUGGAAAUUAUAAUUCAUGAAUCUUUUUGUGAGCUGAACAAACUUUUUCAUUACAUCUUAAUCGCGGUGAAAAAUUUACAAUCUGAAUCCUCAUUGAUGUGGCUAUUUAACAUAAUUCAAGAUAUAAUCUCAUUCGGUGAUCUUAUAAUUAACAAUAGUCUACCUGAAGUAAUAGAGGUCGAAUUGUCCAAUUUAGAAGAAUUUUUAUAUAAUCCUAAAAAUAUAGAAAGCUUAAUUAAUAGUAUAAAAAAAUCUAUCCCUAUUUUUAUUCCUAUUGCAAGAAGUGUAAUUAAUUUAGUAAAUUCUGUUAAAGAGAUUUUCUUUCGCGUGCAAAAUCUUUUUCAACAUUUUGAUUUUAAUUUAUUAGAGAAAAUUGAAGAUUUAAAGGAAAUAGGAAAGAAAUUAUUCGUCUGGGGAAAACAAUCAAUAACUUCACUUUAUAAUUUCGCAUUAUAUCCUCUAGAAGAAAUAAAAAAUUGUUUUUUUAAUGCAAUUAUAUGGGUGGAAUCAAUAUUUAAUAAUUUGUUGAAUUACAUUAGACAAAAGUUAUAUAAGUAUAUAGUAACUUUUGAAGAAGGUAUUAACAUUUUACAAACUUUCUAUAAUGGUUAUUAUGCAUCUGGAUUCUCGGAAACAUUGAACAAAAUAUUUUCAAUAAUCGAAUCGUUUGAAUCGUUUCUAAUGAACGAAGGAAACGUAAAUGUUUCGGCAACAUCGAUUGCCUCUACGCUAAUAUCGUAGCAAACCAGUCUUUCUUAAUUAUUUCCGAAAUAUACAAAUGUAAGGAGUUCUAUUCUAAAUUUUC